UGCAUUCCUGUUAGCACAAUCAACACUCUCGCGAGAUGUCACCCAGUCAUCCGCCAUCGCUGUAGAGACAGAGGGAGAGUAAGCUACAGGGACUCAAACCUGGGGGGGAAAGAGGGCGAAAUUUGUCCGUGUUUCCCCUCAACACACCCACCCUAACAUCUGUUGAUGGCAUCGCUCCCUAACCCAAACAUGUCCAACCUCAAACCCGGCACCAAGAAGGACACCAAGAUGCGGAUCCGCGCCUUUCCCAUGACCAUGGAUGAGAAGUAUGUGAAUAACAUCUGGGAUCUUCUGAAGAACGCCAUCCAGGAGAUCCAGCGGAAGAACAACAGUGGGCUGAGCUUUGAGGAGCUCUACAGGAACGCCUACACCAUGGUGCUGCACAAACAUGGGGAGAAGCUCUACACGGGCCUCAGAGAGGUGGUCACCGAACACCUCAUCAACAAAGUACGAGAAGACGUGCUUCACUCUUUAAAUAACAAUUUCCUGCAGACGUUAAAUCAAGCAUGGAAUGAUCAUCAGACUGCCAUGGUCAUGAUUAGAGACAUUUUGAUGUACAUGCGAACCCGCCAUGGCGUGAGCGCCGAGGAGGAUUUUGAAAUCCCAUUUUUAGACAUGUCUGCUGAGUUCUUUCAGAUGGAAAGUCAGAAGUUUCUAGCGGAGAACAGUGCCAGCGUCUACAUCAAGAAAGUGGAGGCUCGGAUAAACGAAGAGAUUGAACGAGUGAUGCACUGCCUGGAUAAAUCGACUGAGGAGCCCAUUGUGAAGGUGGUGGAGAGAGAGCUCAUCUCCAAACACAUGAAGACCAUCGUGGAGAUGGAGAACUCGGGACUGGUCCACAUGCUCAAGAAUGGAAAGACAGAAGACCUGGCGUGCAUGUAUAAGUUGUUUGGUCGGGUUCCUAACGGGCUGAAGACGAUGUGUGAGUGCAUGAGCUGGUACCUCAGAGAACAGGGUAAAGCGCUGGUGUCAGAGGAAGGAGAGGGCAAGAACCCAGUUGACUACAUUCAGGGUUUGUUGGACUUGAAGUCACGCUUCGACCGGUUCCUGCAGGAGUCCUUCAACAAUGACAGGCUGUUCAAACAGACUAUCGCUGGAGACUUUGAGUAUUUCCUCAACCUCAAUUCCCGAUCACCCGAGUACCUGUCGCUCUUUAUCGACGACAAACUCAAGAAAGGAGUGAAGGGGCUGACAGAACAGGAGGUGGAGUCUAUCUUGGAUAAGGCCAUGGUACUGUUCAGGUUCAUGCAGGAGAAGGACGUGUUUGAGCGUUACUACAAACAGCACCUGGCCAGAAGACUCUUAACCAAUAAGAGUGUUUCAGAUGACUCUGAAAAAAAUAUGAUCUCCAAACUAAAGACGGAGUGCGGUUGUCAGUUCACCUCUAAACUGGAGGGCAUGUUUAGGGAUAUGAGCAUCUCUAAUACCACUAUGGAUGAAUUCCGCCACCACCUGCAGACAUCACAGGUGUCUCUCUGUGGUGUUGAUCUCUUUGCAUCCAGAAGUUUCGGUUUCGGCAUUUUGGACCGUGUGUAUGUUCAGCAGAAUAAUGUGGAGAAUGUCUACAAUCUCGGCUUGAUCAUCUUCAGAGAUCAGGUUGUGCGGUAUGGCUGCAUCAGAGAUCAUCUCAGACAAACUCUACUGGACAUGAUCGCUCGAGAACGCAGGGGAGAGGUGGUUGACAGAGGGGCCAUCAGGAAUGCCUGUCAGAUGCUGAUGGUUUUGGGGUUAGAAGGUCGGUCCAUCUACGAGGAGGAUUUUGAAGUCCCGUUUUUAGACAUGUCUGCUGAGUUCUUCCAGGAGGAUGGCUCAGAUGUUGGUGUCGGCGGGGCUUUGCUAACAGGCUCAAACACACGGAAGCACAUUCUGCAGGUGUCCACCUUCCAGAUGACCAUCCUCAUGCUCUUCAACAACAGAGGGAAGUUUACCUUUGAGGAGAUCCAGCAGGAGACAGACAUCCCUGAGCGCGAGCUGGUCCGGGCCCUGCAGUCUCUAGCCUGUGGGAAACCCACCCAGAGAGUUCUCACGAAAGAGCCCAAGAGUAAAGAGAUCGAGAGCGGCCAUGUGUUUACAGUCAAUGACCAGUUUACCUCCAAACUGCACAGAGUCAAAAUACAAACAGUUGCUGCUAAGCAAGGCGAGUCAGACCCAGAGCGCAAGGAGACGCGGCAGAAAGUAGACGAUGACAGGAAACAUGAAAUCGAGGCUGCCAUUGUACGCAUCAUGAAGUCCAGGAAGAAGAUGCAGCACAAUGUACUGGUAGCAGAGGUGACCCAGCAGCUGAAAGCGCGGUUCCUGCCGAGCCCCGUGGUCAUUAAAAAGCGCAUUGAAGGACUUAUAGAAAGAGAAUAUUUGGCCCGGACUCCGGAGGAUCGUAAAGUCUACACAUAUGUCGCGUAGUGGAUCAUAUGGCUGCACAAGGAGAUGAGCGAGCAACACAAAGACAGGAAAAAUAAAAAGAUUCUGGACUGCUUUUCGCAUGGACUGGGAAGUUCCUUUUAAACAAAAGAUGAAUAGCAAUGCUCUGGGUAGCGGACUUCAUUUAAAAGAAAAGCAAACCCGAGAAAUCAUAAACCAUACAAUCGGGAAAAUAAUCAGGAAGCAAAAUAAGAAAUCCAUAAUUGUGUUGUAGAUUAUUUUUAAUUAGAUCACUCCCACUCUCAUGAGAAUCUCAGCUAUGAAUGGAUCCAGCUUCAGUCUCUUCACCGUUUUACCCUCGUAGAGAUCAAAAUGAAAAGAAUCCCUUGGGAAAAUGUGAAUGCACUGCACAUGUUGUUGUUGUUGUUUUUUUUUCAAUGCUGUAUAAAAGGCAGAAUUAUUAAAAACCCUAACAAAACAGCCAAAAACGUGGCUACGGAAAUAAGACAAAAAAAAUGCAAUAAAAAACAUUGAUAUUGAA